AUGAUGAUCACUACGAACCGGUCCUGUGAGAUUCACUUCAUCAACAACACGUCCGUUGUUUGGUACCGUCAUCUCCAUUCCACUCACCAUGGCUGCUGGCUGCAGCCGCCUCGGGAGAGUAUCUUCCCGAACCAGACGAUGGUCUGCUUGGCGGAGUGCACGCGGUCCUUCGGUUCCUUCUCGGGGAAGAUCCAGUACGCUGUUGUCUUGAACGAUGUUGAGUACAUCGUCAGCUCCGAAUUCGAGGUUCCAAUCCUCGGAGACAACAGACACGUGAGCGUGAUGGGCUGCAACUCGGAUCCGCGGAAGAAGAAGAUGCCCGACCCCCUCAAGAUUUUCGAGCUCGCCUACACGGCAGACACCUUCGUCUACAGCAAGUUCCUGGUCACCGUCAAAGAGACUGCCGAAGGCUCUGUCUUUUUACAGAAGUGCCGCGAGGAGCUGGAGCAGGCGCUGGCGGGUUUUUACCAAGCGUGUCCGCAAGGCCUGGCCGACCCGUUGGAUAUUCCGCCGCGGAUUCCAAUGCAUUUCGUGUGGAAUGUGAAGAACGUCGACUGGAAGAAGCGCCUGCGGAAAUCGCACCGGUCGAUGCUGAUUCGAAUUGUGAACCUGACAACGCAUCUGCUGGUGCUCGACCGCCGCCGAGAAGAAAAGGAGCGCCUCGAGGAGGGGAUCUGGCUUGAGUUCCCCAGCGAACAGAUUCCUCCGCUCUGCCUCACAGAGUUCGGGUGCCAGAGCGACGGCUUUCUCUUCGGCACGGGCGGAAGUUGCACGUACCUGAUUCCUGGGCGACCCGGGCAGUUCGUCUUCUUCUGGGACCAGCCUGGGAUGGGCGGUUGCCGCAGCCUCGGCGUCCACACAGGGAAGGCCUUUCGUGUCUUCAAACACACAGAAAAUCUGAACGAAGGCACCAUCGUCUUCCACGUCAUCGAUCCCAGUCACCCGCCGUGUGUUCAGAUCGUCCAGGCUCGUUCGCUGCAUCCACAGCGCCUCGCGAGUUUCCAGUCUUUCCGCUCCGGGGAGUCUCGGAGCGGGUCCACGGCCCCGCAGCCGCCGUCGUCCGCAGCAUCCCGGCGAGAGUUCCUCCGCGACAGCACGGAUCUGACGCACUCGCUGGUGACGUACCUGCGGCGCUCUGCGCUCGAAGCCUCCGGGACGCUCGGCAACUUCCCAGGCGUCACCCCGCAUUUCGGCCGCUCCGGCACGGCCAGCGCCGUCUCCGGCUCGUCCGCCGCGCCCAGCGUCGGCGGCUGCGACGAGCCUUUGGGAAGCUCCAGAGGCGCCAGCAGCGCAGGUCUCUCUUCGAGCGUCUUGGCCGUUCCGGGGACCGCGGGGUUGGCGGGAACUCCGCAGAGCCUGAUUGGAGGCCUCCCGGGGCGAGGUUCCAGCUUCGAGGGCGACGAAGGGACAACGUGGUGCGGCAGCGUCGAGAUCAGUCUUGUCAGUCCACGAGCUUUCUUCUGUGCCUUGCAAAGCACAAAGAUCCUUCGAGGCGCCUCCCAGCCGAACUCUCUGCUGUACAUCCAGUGGCGAAUCGGCAGCGAGAUUUUCGAACGCGUUUUCGGCCCCGAUGAGCGGGUGUUUCUCCACGGCGGCCUCGUCGGCGGUUUGGACAGGAACCAGACAGAUUUGAUUCUCCGCGCAGAGCCCGUCAACUUGCGAAGGCUUCCUCCCGGCCUGAAGGUCGCAGAUCUGUCCACAGGCGACACAGCGGGCAUUGCUUCGCUUCUCGCGCUCUCGUCAGGCGCCGGCGCAGGGGCGACGCCCGCGGCGGCGGGCUCUGGAGCCUUAGGCGUUCGCCCCGUCACCAACGAGGCGGAACUCCUCGAAGUCCUGGUUCGCGGGUUUCGGAUAUGCGCGAGCGGCAUGCUGCGCGAAGUCUCGGAGCGAAUGGAGGCGGCCUACGGCGUCGACUGGCUGACCAAGUGCGACUUGCCAAGACAGCAUAUUUGGAAGGAUCUCCUGGGUAACGGCGAGGGCGAACAGAUCGACCUCGAGGGGCUGCUCCAUAUCAUGACGGCCUUUUGGGACGAAGUUUUCGAAGAGCGCCUGGAAGACCCGCAGCCUCUCCACGCGAUGCAGGCUGUCGUCAUUUACUGGGCCACGCAGGAACUGGCUGUUCUCGAUGGUCCCUACGUUUUUUCGUUCUUUGAAACAGCGGUCAAAGUCCUUCAGAAAUUGGGACAGAGUGUGCACGCCAGCAAGCUGCAAGAUCUCAGCCGAGCACUCGACGGGACUGCUAGAUCCUUCGCUUCUCCAGAGGCGCCGAGCAUGGUCAGUGCGUCGGUAGGCGAGCGCUCGGUUACCGCCUCCAGCAGGACUCUGAAGGAAGGCACGGCCAGCACAAGAACGGGGACGGCAGUCGCGUGA